UUAGAUAAGCUACAUGUAACCUUGGCUAAACUCAACAUUAAUACGUGUACCGUACAUAUGAGUUUACUGGCACUGGCACUGCCAGAAUUAUAAAAAGUAUGAUGAAUUUUCACCAAGCAUCAUUACAUGGUCUGUGUUUAGCCAUCUCUAUGGUGAUGUUAUUCCAACCAGUUUUUACAGAAGAGGAACACCAUAUCAAAGUUGGUCCACCUGCUAGCCUCAUCAGGGACAGGACUCAUAUUCAAGACAGAGACCACAUACGAGAGCAUCUUGAUGGUAUAAUAGACAUUGAUGGCAUACCAGAGAGUGAGAUGACAGAGAAACAACUCCAACUUCACUACUUCAAACUCCAUGACUAUGAUCAUAAUAACAGACUUGAUGGUCUAGAGCUCCUCAAUGCUAUGACACAUUAUCACCAUGACGGCGCCCCCAACGCCGAGCCACUUAAGGAAGAUGACCUUAUGAACCUGAUUGACCCUAUUUUGAGAGAUGAUGACAAGAAUAAAGAUGGGUAUAUUGACUAUGUAGAAUAUGCUGCAACACAGUCGUAAUGAUGACAAUAAUCAGUAACGUCAUGAAUUUUUUUUUAGGUUUAAAACUUUUCAUUAAACAUCAUUCCUUUUCAUGACUGGGCUUACUUAUAUUGGUAUUUGUCAAAUAAAGCUGAAUUUAUAGAUAGGGAAAUAAUGGCCCCUCUACUCAAAAGUGGUUUCAAUUCUUCCAUAGUACAAAGCUGUGGACUGCAGAUUUCUAGUAUUAUUGUGCCUCAAUUAUUCACCAUUUGCCAAAAGUAGGCAUUUAUAAUAUGACUUUUCUUUAUAGUUUAUGUGAUGAAAUGAGUGUAUUACAUUGUAUGUACUCAAAUCUACAUAUUCCAUGAUUUUGUACCACAAAACAAUUGAAGCCUCUUGAGAAUAUGGGUCUAUAUGUAGAAUCUAACAUUUCUCUGGUAUGGUAUAUUUUUGGCACCUGAAAAUGUAGUCUUUUAUUUCUAAAAAAAAAUAAUCAUUCUAAAUGUAUCCAACACAAAGCUGUUCGAAUUUGAUAACCAUAAUUAUAUUUAUUUUUAUGUGGGUAGAUAUUAAUUGGAAUAUGUUAUUGAUUAUACUCCUCAAUGUAUGGUGCUAUUUUUGGUUGGUGAACUCAAUUUUUAUUUUUUCCUUUAAAGCCUACAUGUAUCUUUGGUUUCGGUAAAUCCCCCUAAGAGUACAUGUCUCUAUUCCAUUUCAUAGAUCAUAUUAAUGCAUGUGUCCUAAAACAGUUGUAAUGUGAUGGAUAUAAACUAUAAAAAAAAUUAUUGGAUAAAUUUACAAAAUUUACAUCAGAGUUAAUUUGAUUUGGUGCCCAAUCAAAAAAAUGUCUGUAUUUUGUCAUGUUUAUAUAAAAUACCUCAUCGAGCAUGGAAUGGGCUGAAAUUUCAGGAUAUAAUAUUUGUCGGUUGUUUUCUAAUAUCCAAUUACUUUAUAAGUAAAGUAACAUACACUCAAAAGGCCAUUCCAUAUAAAAUUCUAAAAAUUACUUAAUGAGGGUGCUAGAUGAAAUCAUAAAAUAACAGCCGGAAAAUGCCAUACUUCUAUUUCUAAUGGAUAAAAUAUGUAUUCAUUGACUACCAAGCUCUUGUUAUAUUGUAAUGGUUGAUGAUAAUCACGUAUAGUUCACAUUACUGACGAUUUACCAAAGCUAAAGACAUGCUUUAAUGAUGAAUAAUUGCAUUAAGCAUUAUUACAAGGUGGAUACAUUCUUUUCUUGUCUUUUACCAAUAAAUUAAUCACUAUUCAGUAUUUUGCCUUUGUUAAGAUAUAAUAUUACUGGUUAAAUUUCAGAGCAAUUUAGAAUUAAUGCCAGAAUAGACAGGGAAUGAAAAUAUAUUAUACAUUGCAAUAAUGCAAGUCAAAAGCAAGAUAUUUCAUUUAUCAGGAUAUUUUAUUUGUAUUUUGUACCAGUUUUAAGUUUUUUUUUUUUUUUUAAGGUCACAUAUUUUUAAUAGCAAUUCCCAAUUUUCAGUGACUUGUAUCAAAUAUUGAAGUCAUGUGUAGGGUAUUAAUAUGUGUUUUUAUAGUAAAGCUAACAGUAUAUGAAAAUCUAUACAAGGUGCCUUUCAUGUUUAAAAGUGCUUAAUAGAGUUUAUUUUAUUUAAUGAAUAUCUAUCUUUUCUUAACAAGUGAAGCAUUUUUGUUUUUGCUUCAGUUAUAAUAUGCCUUUGAUAAUCUUUUAUGAUUUUAAUUACACUUUGUAUAAAUAAUUUCCACAUUUCAAAGUUAUAUUAAUCUCUAAUUUCCUCCUGUCUUCAUGUUGUACUCUUUGUCCAGGGUAGUAUUUCAUCAACAUUUUUGUCCGACAAGUUGUCAGAACUGACAACUUUCCUUGAUUCUGAUUGGUCGAGAAUCACU